CGACCCUUGGCGACGUGGUAGCAACCGAUCUGAGUUGAAUGUUUACAUACGGCGUUUCACUGUGAUCGAAGAUAAAAUCAAAUUCUAACGUCGAAAUUCACAAGUUUUAUGUAGUUUUCUUGUGUCAUUUAUCAUCACUAGUGGCAAGCAGAACUUUCGUUUAAUAUUUGUUGUAUCACAUAAUUCUUAUCAGAGGGCCUGAAUAAAGUGAAACGAUUAUGCCCAAAUCCUGUGCUGUUUAUCAAUGUAGCGCAACAUCUGAAAAUGAGAAGAAUCGUUCAUUCCACCAGUUUCCAAAAGAUCCUAAACUGAGACAAGCAUGGAUUGCCAGAAUACGUAGAGAAGGUUUUACUCCUAGUGCUUCGUCGUAUGUAUGCUCCUUCCAUUUCUCUGAGGAGGAUUUCAAUAAAUGCAGCUCAAGCACGACUCCUCGUGAGUUCCAGAAAAAGACCCUCAAGAAAGGAUCAAUCCCCUGUUGGAAUCUUAGAGGAGCUGAAGGAGAUCAGAGAUUGUCUACUCGCACAACGCUUGUCUCACAACGUUCAAGGUGCCCGGAGAACCCAGCUACCUCUAUCGAACUUCCCUUGCCUAUACCUCAGCCUUCAGCAGCAUCGGUUUCAAUGGAAUGGGAUAAUAAUGAGCCAGCUACUUCAAAUGCACAUCAAAAUCAACUAGAGGUGCUGAAAAAUGCUCUUUCAAUUGCCAGCAAGCAGGUAGCAGCUUUGGAAAUUGCUGUAUUUAAAUAUGACGUUAUGAGUGCUGAGGACAUUAAAAAUUACACGGGUUUAGAGAAGACAAAAUUCGAUGCAGUAAAAGAGAUGAUCGAUCGUUUCAAGCCAUUAAAUUAUUGGACUGGAAAAGCUGUUACCAGUAUUAGUGGUUCUGAUCAACUCUUGAUAUUUUUAAUGAGGCUGAAGCUUGAUCUUCCAUAUUUUGAUUUAGCAAGAAGGUAUUCUGUAAGCACAACAACAAUACAAAACAUUUUUUUAACAUACUUGAAUAUUUUUCAUGAAACAUUUUUUACUGGAUGCAUGGACAAGAUGCCAUCAUUAGAGAAAAAUAAAUGUACCAUGCCAGCAUCUUUUGCAGACAUACCAAAUUGCAGAACAUUGAUAGACUGCACAGAGCUUUUUAUUGAUACACCAAGAAAGGACCUGGAAGCAGCAGCUGUAAGCUACAGUAAUUAUAAGCAUAGGCUCACUGCUAAGUAUCUGAUAGCAGUUGCCCCUAAUGGAAGUAUUACUUUUGUAAGUGAUGGCUACCCAGGCAGCACAAGUGACAAAGUGAUUACAGAUCAGUCACAAGUCAUAUCAAGUUUGAAGGCUGGUGACCUAAUAUUGGCUGACAAAGGCUUCAUGAUUCAUGACCUUGUACCAAAGGGAAUAUUUCUAAAUCUUCCACCUUUUCUUUCUGGCAAGAAACAGUUCUCCAAAGAAGAAGCCAUGUUUUGCAAGAAAAUAGCCAGUCAGCGCAUACAUGUGGAGAGAGCAAUAGAAAGAUUAAGAAAUUACAAAAUACUUAAUUUGAUAACAACAAAUUUGAGACCUUGGUGUAACAAACUUGUGCAGACAUGUGCUGCUUUGGUAAAUUUGCAAUCAGCAAUAAUUAAUGGUGUUUUUGAUAAAUACAUAUUUCUUGUUGCUAAAAAAUGA